CAGAGCGCGCAGGGAAGGGGAGCCACGGGGAGACCAAAUGGGUCAAGCUUGAGCACCCGCCUGCUGCUCCCUUCCCCCCUCCCCCCCUUUGCCCAUGACCUGCUCCUGCUUCCAGGCGCUAAUCCUGGCGCUGGGGCUGGUGGCCGGCUUGCAGCUGCUCUACCUGGCCCUGCUCUCGGGCCUCCACGGUCAGGAGCAGCGGUCCCACUACGCGCAGCUUUUCCAGGCCCGCCGCCCCGUGCCCGGCAAUGGGCACCAGCAGAGGCUCAAGCCGGUGCUGGCUGGCGGCGGCACCCUGGACGCCAGCGGGCAGUACCGCAUCUACCGGGACAUGUUGUGGGCCUCUUGGGACGGCCGGGACCGGGAGGACGUGGUGCUGGUCAGCCACACCAGCCUCAGCAACCUGCACCACGCUCAGCAGCUGGUGGAGCGCUGGCAGGGCCCCGUCUCGGUGGCCCUCUUUGCGCCAGGCUUCGACGAGGUCCGCCUGGCCACGGCGAUGGUGUACGCCCUGGCCGUCCUCUGCGCCCCUGUCCGGCAGCUGCUUCGCCUCCACCUCGUGUGCCACGCCGACCAGAUGGCCGCUUUCCCCGAGCCGGAGCGGGACGACGGGGAAUUCUCCCAUCUCCGGGCCUGCGGAGAUGUCUUUGCCAAGCUAGCGCAGCUGGGGGCUGGCCGGCGCAACUACGCCAUGGACGCCGCCAAUGCGUCUUACCCCAACAACCUGCUCCGCAACGUGGCGAGAGAGGCGGCUGGCGGGCGUUGGGUGCUGGUGGUCGACAUGGAUAUGGUACCCAGUGAAGGUCUGCGAGAAGACUUCCUGGCCUUGCCCAAAGCCACCGACGAGGGGACGCCGCGGGUCUUUGUGGUCCCUGCGUUCGAGAUCCGCCACACCCGUCGUAUUCCUGCCACCAAGGCAGAGCUGGUGCAGCUGUACCAAGUGGGGGAGAUCCGAGCAUUCUACGAGGAGCUAUGCCCCCGUUGCCAGGCUCCCACCAACUUUUCCCACUGGCUGAACCUUCCUGUGGGGAGCUCCCUGCGCGUGGCCUACAAGGUGGCAUGGCGGGAUCCUUGGGAACCCUUCUACGUCGGUGCUAGCUCAGUGCCGCCGUUUGACGAACGUUUCAAGCAGUACGGCUUCAACCGUAUCAGCCAGGCUUGCGAACUCCACAUUGCUGGCUACCAUUUUGCAGUGCUGAGCAAUGCCUUUUUGGUUCACAAGGGAUUCAAGGUGGCGGGCGAGUUCCAUGCGCAAAAGGAUGCUGAGAACCAGCGGAACAAGAUCCUUUUCCGGCAAUUCAAGCAGGAGCUGAAGAGCAAAUAUCCAGACUCGUCACGGAGAUGUUGACUUCCACUUUUAACUUUGCAGAGCUUAAAUUCAUCUUUGGACUCGGAGUGGGGAUAGAAACAGGACUGGAGCAAACUGUAUUUGCCUUAGAAUUGUAUGAACAGGCUACGGGUCAUUUUUCAUUUACUAAAGACAUUCUGUGUUGUUGGUUUCAUUUCUGCACUAUAUCAGUCAGUUUCUGACUGUUAUUCUGUACUACAGGCUGACAGAAUAAGAUCAGAGUUUACAAGAUGAUAAAUUAAGAGAGGUGGGUUGAGAACAUGGAAAAGGGCUUUUAGUUUUGAACUCUGAGACAUGAAAUGGUAAAAUGUAGAAGUAAGAGAAUUCUGCAGUGAGAUUUUUCCGUUUUGUAUCUGACCUUCCUUCUCAAACCAGUAAUCUCAGUGUCUUGUUCUGCAUAAAUGAGAAGGAUUAUCCUAGUCCUGGAGGAGAGGUGCUUAAUUUAUUUCUGUACCUUAAAAAAAACCACCUACUGUAUUCAUUAAA